ACCAUAUGAAUUAAUAUCCUUUCCAACAAACUCUCCUCUUCUUCCAACUAACCCAAAAACAAAUUUAAGUGAAGGUUGAAAAGCACAAAACACGCCUCUAAAUACAUUACUUGUAGUACUUAUAAACACUGAUUGUGAAUACGAGCGAUAAUCAAUCAAAAGUUACCCCGAUAUAAAUAAAAUGGUGUGUUUUUGCUUCCUAGUUGAUCAACAACGUCAAGUUAGGAAGAGCAAACCGGCUGCCGGUACGUGUUCGCGGUGUGGUGGUGGUGCUAGUGUUGCUGAUAUGAAGACUGCUACUAGGUUCUGUCAUAUACCAUUUUAUUGGAAGUCUUGGCGAGCUAUUAUGUGUACCUUUUGUGGAUCAAUUCUCAAGUCUUACCAUUGAAAUUAAAUUAGCUUUUUAUAUACAAUUUUUUAUGGGCUUCUUUUUCUCUUUUGUGUAAGAAGGAUACUAAAUAUUAUAUACGAGUAUACAUGAUAAUACGGAGUACAUUCUUUUGAUGGCA